AUGCCUGGAAUUCUUCCGAUGAAGGUGAUCAAGGUCGGCAACGGCUCCCAGAGUCGGAUCGCCCAGGCCUGCGAUCGCUGCAGAAGCAAAAAGAUCCGUUGCGAUGGCGUUCGUCCGUGUUGUACCCAGUGCGCCAAUGUCGGUUUCGAGUGCAAAACUAGCGACAAGCUCAGUCGUCGAGCCUUUCCACGCGGAUAUACCGAGUCUUUGGAGGAACGAGUGCGGUCGUUAGAGGCGGAAGUGAGAGACCUCAAAGAUCUGCUCGACGAAAAGGAUGAGAAGAUCGAUGUGCUGUCUCGCAUCCAUUCAUUCUCGCCUGCUUCGCAGCAGAAGUCCACUGUCCCGACCCGCUCCACGCAAGGUCCCCCCAAACCCAGUCCGGCCCCCGAUGCUGGCGAGGCUUUGAUUCAUGUUCCGACUCCCCCACUGCCGGCUGAAUCGACUGAUUCGCAGUGUGGUGGCAUCUCGAGUACUCGCGGUUUCAGUGAUACGUUCACCAACAAGCUCAUGGAGCAAGGUCGCCUACAAUCCAAUCUAUCGACGCAGGCUCUCAUAGCCUGUCCUCGCCCUAUUCCGCAUUCUCGUGUUGACCAGGCCAUCAAGACCGCUCCUCGCCUCGUGACCGACCAGCUCAUCAACAUUUUCUUCCAAGAAUGGGCCCCUCUCUACCCCGUCGUCCACCGUCCCACCAUCCUAAAGGCCUAUGAACAAUACGUCUCAAGUGCGGAGUCCCUCCAGGGGAGUAAACUCGACAUGACUCAACUCAAUCUCAUCUUUGGAAUCGCCGCUCUGGCUUCGACUUCGAGGACGAAUCAAGAUCCUACUUUCUUCGAAGCUAACUGGUCCCCCACGCUCGAAUCGCUCUCGGGCGAUAUUUCCAUUUCGGCCCUGCAGUGCUAUGUGCUGGCGCAGAUGUACUGCAUGACUAAAGCUGACUACACCAGCCUUUUGCGGUACCGGGGGCUGGCUGUCAACCUUUGCCACCAACUCAGACUCCACCAGAGCCAGAGCCGCUUUGCGUCCAAUCCCUUGAUGGGCGAGACCCGGAAGAAGGUCUUCUGGUGCCAGUACCUUCUCGACCGUUUUACCGCCGCUUUGACAGGCCUUCCUGUUCUGCUGCGGGAAGACGGUAUCCGGACGGAGUAUCCGGAAGAUAUCGAUGAUGAGAAUGUUACUGAAACGGGAUUUUUGCCGACUCUUCCGGGCGAGUCCACUCGCAUUUCAAGCUCUAUCGCGCUAUUUGCUGCGUCCAGAAUUUUAAACAAAGCCUUGGAACAAGUGUAUCCUUCCGACGGCGGAUACGAGAUUGCCGUCUCGAAACUACGUUCCGUGGCGGGCCAGCUUGACGAAUGGGUCAAGCAUCUACCUUCCCAUCUCCGCCUCGAAUUCUCCCAGGACAAGCCGAGUACCAAUGUCACUAGUAGCCGGUCUCCGCUUUUGUCUCUCGUCUAUUAUUGGAUUCGAUCUCUCAUCCACCGUCCUGCUGUUUGCUUCGGUGAUGAGAGCAUCCGCUCGCCAUCUGUUUUGGCUACGUCCGAUUCCAGCAAACAUCUCAUUCAGAUCCUCCAGCUGCUUGACGAGAGACGGCUUUCUCUUUCCAUUAGCAUUAACCGGAGGGAAUUGGUCUACUCUUGUGGAUUGGCCCUUUUGUGGCAGAACGCUGGCUUGAAACGCGAUAGCAAACUGGCCAAGGAGAGUCAAAAACUGCUCACCACAGUCAUCGAUCAACUGGAAUCGGAAUCGCCUCCCGCGGCGGCGGAAUUCAGCUCGCUAGUUGGUGUCUUGGUGUCACUCGAUGGGAGCAGACGUCCUGCCUCCGCAAAAUCUCAGACGAUGUCUCCACCAGCGCAGAAACCAUCCAAGUCUCCGAAAAAGCAGCUUCAGUCAUUGAAGGCUCGGUUGAUGGCCCACAGCAAACCGAGCGAUCCCACCCCGCAGGAGCCUCAAUCGCGGCGUGCUACCAUCUCUGGCGCUAGUCCUCAUAUGACCCAACGUCAUAUCCGUUCGUCGAGCUGGACUAGUCUUCCACCGGACAACUUCAAUCCCCUGGGUGCCUCUUAUCCGUCCCCUUCGAUGCCGUAUCUGAAUGGGUCGGCCAUUGCCGGUUCGGCCCCUUCGGACGCGGGUGGCAAUCUGACAGCAACGGAUUGGGAGCUGGUUCUGAGCGACAUGGACCGAGGCUACUCGAACAUUUUCACCGGAAUUUACGGUGGCAAGGAGGUUGGCGAAGAUCACGGGCCGUUUGCAUCUCUGACAGCCGAAUACUCGCACAAGCCCGACACCAUGCCGAUGGCUCUGCCAGGGGCUCAUGAGCUACAGGGGCUGUCGCCCGAGGAAUGGUCGGCCACUAGCAGUAGUGACGUGGGGGCACACCAAGCGCCACAGAGUGUUCUGAGCUUCUCAGACGAGAGUUUGGGGAGCUUGGAUGAUGGGAUGCCCUUUAACGACCUGCACCAAUCUCCGGAAGAGCACGCUAAUAUGCUCGACCCCUCGUGGAACGUCCUGUUGCCACCGACCAAAGAUGGAGCUGAUGAGCUUGGACUCGCCAAUGACUGGGACAGACGGCUGGCCGUCUGA